AUGUCUGACACCGCGCGGAUCUCAGGCGGUUCAUUCACGUCUCCUCCAGGCAGAGACGUGGAAUUAAAUAGCUUCAAGGAAGCCUCUCAGACACGUUUGUACCCCUACAGUUCCAGGAAGGAGGAAGAGGGACGGGAGGAUGAGCAACAACGGCCUGAGCGGGAAGAGGACACCGGCGCUCUAACAGGCUACAAGCUGGUAUUGGUUACCGUCGGGCUCUGCUUCUGCAUAUUCUGUACCUCGCUCGACAAUACCAUCGUCGCCACUGCGGUUCCGAGAAUCACCCAGCAGUUCCACUCUCUGGAUGAUGUGGGGUGGUAUGCCAGUGCCUACCUGCUCACAACUUGCGCCGUGACCCUCCCCUUCGGGCGCCUCUACACCUUCUUCCCCAUUAAAUGGGUCUAUCUCAGUGCCUUGUUUGUCUUUGAACUUGGUUCCUUCAUCUGCGGCAUCACCCCUUCCUCGCUGGGUCUCAUCUUGGGCCGCGCUGUGGCCGGCCUGGGGGGAGGGGGGCUGUUCUCAGGUUCGCUCCUCAUCAUUACUCAAUGCGUGCCUUUGCGGCGAAGGCCGGCUUUCUCCGGGUUCAUCAUGAGCAUCUUCGCGGUGGCGAGCGUGAUUGCACCUCUGAUGGGCGGAGCAUUCACAGACCACAUCUCGUGGCGCUGGUGUUUUUAUAUCAAUCUUCCGUUCGGCCUCGUCAGUGCUGUUGUCAUCUUCUUCACGUUCCAGACCACCAAGCCAGUGGUACAGGCAAGCCUGCGAGAAAAGGCGGCUGGCCUUGAUCCCCUGGGGACGGCCACCUUCCUGCCAGCCAUUGUGUGCCUCCUGCUAGCGACUCAAUGGGGUGGUGCCCAAUACCCCUGGGGCGAUGGCCGCAUAAUCGCGCUGUUUACUCUCUUCGGGGUCCUACUUGCGUGCUUUGUAGGGCUACAGCUUUGGGCCCGCGAGCGAGCCACCCUCCCACCGCGCCUUCUACGGGGCCGCAACAUCUGGGGUUCUGCGUUGUACGGCUUCUGUCUCAAUGGUGCCAUGUUUACCUUUGUCUACUACCUCCCCAUAUGGUUCCAAGCUGUUCAGGGGACCUCUGCCACGGAGUCGGGCAUACGGAACCUGCCGCUCGUCAUAUCCAACGUGAUAUUCGCCAUCAUCUCUGGCGUGCUGGUGAGCGCGACCGGUUACUUUGGCCCUUUCAUGCUCCUGAGCGCGGCUAUGGCUAGUAUCGCCGCUGGGCUGCUCUCGAUGUUGCAUCCAAGUUCCGGGGCAGGUGAAUGGAUCGGAUACCAGGUGCUUCUGGGAUCGAGCAUCGGCAUGGGCUUCCAGCUGCCUGUAUUCGUCGUUCAGACCACCCUGGCCUCCACUGAUAUCCCCACCGCCACCGCUCUGAUGACUUUCAUUCAGCUCCUUGGCGGUGCUAUCUUCGUCUCUGUCGCGCAGAAUGUGUUUCGCAAUCAGUUAGCUGCCGACAUCCGCGCGGCCUUGCCGAUGCUGGACCCUAAGGCAGUGAUUAAUGCCGGUCCUACCAGUCUGAGGGCAAUGUACUCGGGGGAGACUCUUACAACUCUAGUUGCUAUGUAUAAUGAUGCCGUAGUGCACACCUUCUACCUUGCCAUUGGCUUAGCUGCUGCCUCCUUCCUCGCCGCAACGGUCAUCCAGUGGCGGCCCUCGCCGAAAUCAAUCAGCCACCCCGACUCUUCCUGA